UUUUCCAGCGAUUACAUACGGGUGUUCAUACCCGUCUUGUUUUCGUAACCAAGUCCUUUCUUUGUGCUAGAGCACUUGGCAAAGAUGUCUGAGGGCAAGACCCAUCUGUCCAUUGUCAUUUGCGGCCAUGUCGACUCCGGCAAGUCGACCACCACCGGCCGCCUGCUGUUCGAGCUCGGCGGUAUCCCCGAGCGUGAGCUGGAGAAGCUGAAGGAGGAGGCCGCUGCCCUGGGCAAGUCCUCGUUCGCCUUCGCCUUCUACAUGGACCGCGCUAAGGAGGAGCGCGAGCGUGGUGUGACCAUUGCCUGCACCACCAAGGAGUUCUUCACCGAGAACUGGCACUACACCAUCAUCGAUGCCCCCGGUCACCGCGACUUCAUCAAGAACAUGAUUUCCGGUGCCGCCCAGGCCGAUGUGUGCCUGCUGAUGGUGCCCGCCGAUGGUAACUUCACCACCGCCAUCCAGAAGGGUGACCACAAGGCCGGUGAGAUCCAGGGCCAGACCCGCCAGCACGCUCGCCUGAUCAACCUGCUGGGUGUCCGCCAGCUGAUUGUUGGCGUGAACAAGAUGGACUCCGACACCGCUGGCUACAAGAAGGAGCGCUACGAUGAGAUUGCCAACGAGAUGCGCCACAUGCUUGUGCGCGUCGGCUGGAAGGAUGACUUCGUCAACAAGUCCGUGCCCAUCCUGCCCAUCUCCGGCUGGCUCGGCGACAACCUGAUCGCCAAGUCGACCAACAUGCCCUGGUACACCGGCCAGGAGGUGCUGAACCUGAAGAACGAGAAGGUGAAGGUGCACACCCUGCUGGACGCCCUGAACUCCUUCGUCACCGUCCCCGAGCGCAAGACCGAUGCCCCCCUGCGCCUGCCCAUCUCCGGCGCCUACAAGAUUAAGGGUGUCGGUGAUGUGCUGGCCGGCCGUGUCGAGCAGGGUGUUGUCAAGCCCGGUGAUGAGGUGAUCUUCCUGCCCACCCACACCACCGCCAACCCCUGCACCGGCAAGGUGUUCACCGUGGAGAUGCACCACAAGCGUGUGGACAAGGCCGGCCCCGGCGACAACGUCGGCAUGAACAUCAAGGGUCUGGACAAGGGCAACAUGCCCCGCACCGGCGAUGUGAUGAUCCUGAAGUCCGACGCUUCCCUGAAGAUCGUCAAGGACUUCACCGCCCAGAUCCAGACCCUGGAUAUCCCCGGCGAGGUCAAGAAGGGCUACUCCCCCAUCGGCUUCGUGCGCUGCGGCCGCUCCGCCUGCCGCAUCUCCAACAUCGACUGGAAGGUCGGCAAGGAGACUGGCGGCAAGAAGAUGGAGGCCCCCGUUGGCCUGAAGGCUAACGAGAUGGCCCAGGUCGUCUUCGAGCCCACCCAGCCCCUGAUUGUGGACUCGUUCAAGAACUGCGAGGGUCUGUCCCGCAUUGCCUUCCUGGACGGCAACACCGCCGUCAUGCUCGGCAAGGUGGUGACCGUGACCCACAAGUAGGCCGCCUAUGCCGCGGCCCUCGCUGGGCAUGUAGUCGCAGCAGCAUCGUUGCGUACAAACGUGUACGGCUUGGGCAGGGCUGAGGCGUUGCCGCAUGGUCAGAUCCUGUCGUGCUCUGAUCCAGUCGAUGGGCGAAGAUCGCGCUGUCGUUGGCAAUGCUUUGCUUCUGGUGGUCAAGGGAGAAGGGUAGGAAGAGGUUCUGUUGCUUCGCUUUCAUUCUCAGCAGUGACCGUCCGCAAGCCCUGGGUGAUGCGGCGGGGUGUUGUAGCUGGCGCUUGGCAAAUUGAUCCAGGGGAACACAGUGGUUUGGCGUGACCGCUUGCGUGUACCUUUGACUCUUCCUAUUCACCUGUAAACACCAUUACGCUGAACUAUGGUCAUGCAAUCGCGACUGCUAUUAGUUG